CUUCCAUUCUUCUUUCUGAGAGAAAGCACAGAAAUCUGGUUUCGUCCAUCUCUCUCCCUUUUCCAAAAAAUAUUGGGAUUAGACUUCUCACUAGCAUCUAUCUCCUCCUUUUUUAUUCCUUAUUUAGUUAACAGGGAUUUCUCUAGCUGUUUUAUCACAUCUCCAUAUAAACUUUCAAGAUUGUAGAGACAAAAAUAGUUUGAAGGCAUGAACCGAGUUUGUUCGCCAUAUUUUGAUCCUGAUUUUGAUAGCCUAGCUGAGAGGAUAAAUGGCCCAAAAUGCCGAAUUACUAUUGACAAUGAGAGCCUAGGGAAUUGUACAAUAGUGAAGAUUGAUAGUGUAAAUAAGCAAGGUCUUCUACUGGAAGUGGUGCAAGUGCUAACAGAUAUGAAUUUAAUUAUAUUGAAAGGCUAUAUAUCUUCAGAUGCUGGAUGGUUCAUGGAUGUCUUUCAUGUUAAAGAUGAGCUAGGUAACAAAGUUACCGAUCAGAGAGUUAUCAACUAUAUUCAGCAGGCUAUUGGUGCAAAUAGGGAGGGAAUACACAAAUCAAAGUCAGAAAGUAGAAAUUUUUUGAAAUGUGAAUCUCCUCCUGAGCCUAGAGCUAUUGAAAUGACUGGAAGAGACAGACCAGGGUUAUUUUCAGAGAUAUCAGCUGCCCUAGCUGAUCUCCAUUGUAACGUUGUGGAAGCACAUGCAUGGAGCCAUAAUGCACGUUUAGCAUGCGUCGUUUACAUUUCAGAAGAAUCUACGGACACCCCUAUCGACCACGAUCGCUUGCUAGCAAUCGAGGAUCACCUAACAACUGUGCUCCGAGCAACAACUGCUCGGAGCACCAACGAAGAAAGUGGAAAUCAACAAGAAGUGAAGACUGCUUAUGGCCUUAAUCCUGAAGGAGAAGGCACGGUGACCGAUGUUGAACGUAGAUUACAUCAACUUAUGCUUUCUGUUCGCGACUUUGAAAGCCCUAAUUCAAAGCCUAUAAAUUCUCCAAGAAUGGGGUCUCCAAGAUGUGAGAUUAAUGAUAAGGAAGAGAAAAUGUUGAGUGUUUGCAUUGAGAAUUGUGAUGAGAAAGGAUAUUCAAUAGUUUCUAUUCAGUGCAAGGACCGUAGGAGGCUCAUGUUUGAUACUGUUUGCACUCUUACGGAUAUGCAAUAUGUCAUUUUCCAUGCUUCCGUUGAUUCACGUGGAGGUUGUGCAUUUCAGGUACUUCGUCUUCUUCUUUUGCUUAUAAUAAUGAAUAGCGAAAAUAUACAAUAUAUAUANGAAGCUGCUAUAGAAAGAAGGGCUUGCGAGGGAAUUCGAUUAGAAUUAUGUGCCAACAAUAGAGUAGGAUUGCUCUCUGAUAUUACUCGGGUUCUUAGAGAGAAUGGCCUAGCUGUUGUUAGAGCAGAUGUAGCAACAGAGGGAGGGAAGGCAAGACAUACAUUCUACAUAAGAGAUAUUUCUGGUAAUGAUAUUGACAUGAAAUUUGUCAAGUCCAUGAAGACCGAAAUGGGCGAAAUUGAUGUUGCUGUGAAUAACGAGACAACGACGACAACAACAGCCACAGGCUCCAUGACACGUGUUAGUUCUUUUCGAUCUUUUGGGGAUUUAAUGAAAUCUCAGUUUGAAAAGCUCUCCCACAACUUUGUUGCGAUCUAGAUGGUGUCACACUCUAGCCGGUUUAGCAAUUAAAUUAUGUAAAUUCCUAGCAGCAUUUUGUUAUUUGAUAGGUCAUAGGUAGACAUUGUACAUAUGUAACCUGUAAAUUUGUCAGUUGAAUCUAUUAUUGCCCAUUUCAA